UACUUCUACUGAUGUAGUUGCAACUAGAUGAUGAUUCUCCUCACCUUACGUCAGCUGUAAUUCGAUGGUGAAUGCUGAAUUCCUUGGUUUUCUGGCCUUUUGACCAUGCUGAUGGUCUACCUUGCUGAAAGGCAUUCGUGGUGAAGAAAAUAGGUACUGCUUCUCGUCCGAGCAUCCCCUGUGUUAUUUCGGAGAGCUACUAUCUGGGAACAACACCCAGUUCUGUUGUCAUCUUCUUUGACUUCUUAGCUCAUGGACUUGGUUAGCUAAGCUGAAUAAAACCAGUCCUUGAAUCUCUCUUGACGGAAAAGAAGGUAAUUUGAUGGCGAAAUAAGCAGCAGUUAAUAUCAUCUAUUGACUUGUCCUAUCAUCCAUAGGUAGAAAUCCUUCGGUGAUAAUUGUUCGGCGAUUAAUCCUGAAAUAGCCAAGUACUUGCACUUCAUUUCAGGUAAUGAUAGAGUAAUUAAUGUGGGUUUGAAAGGAGUAAAGGAAAGACGAGAGUGAUUGUCAAAACAACAACAGUUUUCUCAAUUCCUUGAUUCCCUCAGCCAUCAUGGGCAGAAAAAAGAUUCAGAUUUCUCGAAUCACAGAUGAGAGAAACAGACAGGUGACAUUUACGAAGAGGAAAUUUGGACUUAUGAAAAAAGCUUAUGAGCUUAGCGUAUUGUGUGAUUGUGAGAUAGCAUUAAUAAUAUUUAACAGUACCAACAAACUGUUUCAAUAUGCUUCUACAGACAUGGACAAAGUACUUCUGAAGUACACAGAAUAUAAUGAACCUCAUGAAAGCAGAACGAACAGCGAUAUUGUGGAGGCAUUAAGUAAAAAAGAACACAAAAGUUCUUCAAAUGGUUGUGAUAGUCCAGAACCAGACCAAGAUUAUGCUUUGACUCCGAGAACUGAAUCCAAGUAUUGUAAAAUUAAUGAAGAAUUUGAAAUGAUGAUGCAAAGAAAUGUUCAACUUAAUGGAAACCGAGGACCAGGAUCUUUAAGUCAGACAUUAGGUCCCAUGUCUGUCAGUCUUAAUAGCAGCUAUCCAAGUGCGGAAAGUUUAAUGGGAUCUUCUCAAAUUCCACCUCAUAGCAACAUUAGUCCCAGACCUGGCUCUUCAGGUCUCCUUGAUAUUAAUGGUGUCACUCCAAAUGGCUAUCAUCGUUCACUUUCCCCUUCCUUGCCUGGGAACAGUUCUCCUGUAAUGAUAAAUAAACAAAUUAACAAGCAGCAUUCACCACCUGGAAACAGAUCCAAUUUGCGUGUUGUAAUACCGAAUUCUCAUGCUAACUCUUCAAUGAAUUCUCGCCCGUCUAAUUCAAUGGGAAGUCAAGUUGGAAAUGUCAAUGCUUCAAUACCUAGCAUGGCUUAUCCGUCCAGUCUUUCGUCGUCCUUCCCUCCAAAUGAUUUUCAACUCAGUUCGGAUUUAGGAUUGUCAGGAUUUAAUUCUCCUGGUUUGCUUCAAAAUUGGUCCCAGGGUCCACUGUCAGGAGUCCAAGGACUUUCACAUUCAAGCCCAAGCUCUACUAUAAGCAGCUUACCUCAUCUUUCGGUUAGCAGUGCAACACCACCUCCAUCUUCAUCACCUCUUCCAGUAAAAAUUAAAAGUGAACCAAUUUCUCCUCCGCGUGAUAACUCAACUCUUAGUCUACAUCGGCCUCCAUCAGUGCAGGGUCAUUUAUCACCUGGCCAUCAUUCUCUUGCCCCUUCUACAUCCUCUUCACCAGAUCCAAACAUGGACUAUGAUCCUCAUAUUAACAAGAGGCCGCGUCUUACAGCAGAUGGUUGGGCUACAUAGUACAAGACUCCCGAAAGUGGACAGCCAUUCAGUGUAUUUUGGUGGUGAUGAACUAUUAAGGCAUUAUACCCUUAUAGGGUAUCAUCUUUAUAAACAUUAUAUUGUGUGGAUAUUUUCUCAAUGAAUAUGCUGGUGCAUUUAAGACAAACUUUAAGAAUUAAAUGUAAAAUAAGAGGAAAUAUGUAUGUGUGUCACCCUUUUAUUAUAUUCUAUCUCAUGGAGAUGAACUUUGAAUAUCAUUAAUGGACAUUGCUGAGUUUGCCAGUACUCAUGUUCUUUCAUUGAGGUAACCUACAUUCAUGAAAAGAUCUGAUUUCUUGAGGAACUGGCUUAAUAUUUUGUUGGACAAAUAGUUCCUGCAUUCUUCAGUGAGCACUACAGUGAACUAUUGCUGAGUUGGACUUAAAUGCUAUCUGUCCUAAUGUGUAAUCCUGAUCUUGUAAAUGUGAGAUUUGUUGUUUAUUGUUUCAUAGUGAUAUUGCCAUCAAUAUAUACUGUAGAAUAUCUUUUAUAUAUAUCAAGACAUUGACAUUGUGAAAUGAUCUUAAAAAAGUUGUUGGCAACCAAAAUAUUUUAUAUGUUGUUAGAUUGCACUAACACUGAUGUUUAUUAGACAUGAUUAAAUAUUAGGCGAGAAUCUAUUUUCAUUAGCAACAUUCCCUAACGGUUGCUUCAGGCUUAAAUGUAAAAUAAAUUAGCCUUGUGUGAACAUGGAAACAGCUUGUAGUAAAGUUACAAGUCAGUUAUUUCAUAUUCAUUAUUUCUGUUGCUGGUACUUAAGCCUUUUAUUGUAUUAUCCUAGUGACUGUUUUUAGUAAUCUCAAAUAUUAAGUAAUUUUUGAGAAUUAGUGUUGAUGGCAGCAAUUUGUAUUUUAUGUACCAUAAUUGCUUCAUUGAUUCUAAAUUAUACAUAGUGUUGGUGUAAUGUUUGAAAUUUUAAGCACUAUAGUGUAUUUAUUAAUUUCCAUUGCAUGCACUUCCUGUGAAGCGCUUGUCUGUUGUAUUUCCUAUCGUGGACUGUUACUUGUUUUGUGGCCAGUAGAAAUAAUAUAUGUCUAGAUUUAAUCUGAUGAAGGGAAGCGUUUUUAAACCUUUAUUUUGUAUAUUAGAGAAUACUACACUUAAUUGAUUAAAUUAAAAAAAAAUCACGUUAUUAGAUUAUUUAAAAACCGAUUUUUAGUCGCGUUUUCAUAAUUGUGCAGGUCAGUUCACUGAUAGGUUAAAUGAUAGAAAAAGAUAGAAUAUAUUCUACAUAACAUUGUUAAGAAGGGAUUUAGAAUAAAGAUAGCUAAAUUUAGCUCGUAUAGUUUUAUUAUACCAUGAGUGCAAAAAUAAGAUCUGAUGACUGUCCAAGUUUUUUUGCUAUAGAUGUGACAAUCAUGAACGUUGACUGCUGUGUCUGAAACACUAUGCCUUCCUUGUCGGCUGUCUGAUCCUAAAAAAAGCAGUGUUAAAUAUUUAAACACAAAGCCUUGAUAUUCGAGAGAAAAGAAACUUGUUCAACCAGUGCCUGUGUCUUUUGCACAAGUAGUUAGAAUCUGAAUUAAAAGAAUUAACAAUUUUUAUCAGAGAGAGUGAAUUUUAAAUAAAACGUGAUUAAAAUGGCAUUUUGCCUCAAUAGCAUUUGUACUUUCUCACGUCAAAGAUUUUACAUAAAAAAUAUAAUUAAAACAUUGUUUCGAAACUCUCUAAAUUUAAAUUAUCCCAGAUUUUAGGCAUUCUAUUAAAUGAAAUUUUAUCCAUCAUGUAAAACUAAUUUUGUGGAAGCAUAUUUUGUCUCAGAUAUUUAGUAGUUGAACUCGUAUGUAGUUAAUGAAUAACAUUCGAUUAAUAAGAGCUGUAAUGAGAGGCAAUAGGAUAGUUUAAAUUAUAAGUAAAUAUAAACAGGUCAAUAAGUUAUUUUAGAAUUUAGCCAAAAUUUUGUCUUGACAAAUACUUAUAUUUUUGUGAGUAAAUAUCUCAUAGAUUUUUAAUGGAAGUAAUGCAUAAGUGCACUAUCAUCUUUACUGACAUAUUUAUUUAUCCACUACUUCCGGAAUAUCUGCCAAUAUUAUUGUAUGCUCUUUAUUUUUAUGUAUCAUACACAGCAGUGUGAAAGAUAUCUUUCCACCAGGGCAAAAUAUUGAUGGAUUUAACCUUCCAUGUUUAUCUCUAUAAAGAGAAAGCUUGUACCAGCAAAAAGAAAAAUACCCCAUUGAAUUAAUUAUUAUAUUUACUUAUCUGUACAUUUACAUUUGGAAUAAUAACUCACUAUCUGCCUGCAGUUGCAUCAUUCCUUAAUGAAUAAUUGUAAGGCUUUGUAGGACAAAUGUUAAUUCGUUUUUCAUCGUUAUUCCAAAAUUAAGUCUUAUCAUGAAAAUGAUUCUCACAGUUUUUUUCUUCUUUUCUUUUGGUUUUAGCACCAGGCCAAUCUUAUUAAUUAUUUGUACAUGAAAGUGAAUUUCUUGUAUUUUUAUAAGUGUAAUAUAAAUUUGGUUUUGUUUGAAUAAUUUAUUCAACUGUAAAUGUAUUUUCUCUUAAUAAUUUCAUGUAUUAAUUCAUUCAUUGUCAUUCAGUUUCAUAUUUCCAUAUUUAUGUUUGUAGAAUAUUGUUGUUAAUUUUACACUUGGUUUUUACUUAUUUUAAAAUUACUUGUGAAAAAUUAUUGGCUAUUUAUUUGAAACUCUUGCAGUAAUCAAAAAAACUUCCACUCAAUCAAAAUUUUUAUAUUUAUUGUGUUGUUCCUUUAUUUUGACAAAUGGUGAUUGAUAUAGAUUGAGAUUUUUUCUGAUUGAUGUAUUUGAAUAUUAGAUUUAUUUCAACAAAAGAGUAAGCGUUUUUAGUACAAUUAUUAACUAUACAGGAUAUAAGCAUUAUUUUGCGAAUAUUUUAUAUUUCUCUCAACAUAUCAAUAUCAUAGUUUUAUAUUCUCUAAACUUUUUUGAAAGGAAGAUUGAAAUCUAUAUCUUUUUUCUUUGUGUGUGUGUAUAUAUAUAUAUAUAUA